AGGUUUAAUAAACACUAAGUUUUGGCAUUGGCGCCCCCCCGGACUACUCCCCCUGCAGUGCUAGACCGAUGCAAUCGUUCCACCGAAAACGACCAUAUGGGCGAUAAGACUACAACUUGACCUGAUUUUCUUAUAUCGAAGAUGAACCAAUAGUUCACAACUCUUAUCUUUUAUUUCUUUGCACAAAGUAUACUUUUUUGUGUUUUUUUUUCAAUCAAGGCAAAAAAAUGUGGAAGAAGCGGGAGCAGCGCAGCAGCUUGUCCCGGUCGUGCGGCUCGAAGCCCUGGGCAGGACUACGAGCACGUUUCACCCUCUUGUUUGCUCCACUCCUCACCUCCGCGCUGCAACUCCAGGUGGUCUCUCGGAACAAGAAGAAGACGAGCCGGGAUCUUCACGUUGCGGACCACAAGAAUGAUCAGCGGAAGGUGUUGAAGAAGAAUAUUAAAGCCACGACAGCUCCUUCUCCUUUGCACGGUGGUGGACUAGAUGGUAGUAAAAAUGAACAACCAGAAAGAGCAAGCAGCUCCUUGUCCUUGUCGUCACCGACUACAGCAGCUUCCGAACAAGAAGAACAUGUUCAUCAGAAGAAGAUCCUCGGCGAAGAAGAAGAAGAAGAAGAAGUGGAGCAGCAAGAGCAACUCUCCCGUCGCUUGACGGCGGAGCCGCGACUGGAUGAACGGGAUGUUGAUCCAGCUGAAGGCGAACAAGAAAUGUUGAGCCGGACGAGGACGUCGUUCACCUCCAAAAAGAUGUUGACCAGCACCGCCGUCGCUGCGCGUCGAGAAAACAAGUCUACUAAACAGGCACGAGGACACCAGCACGCGAUGAUGGGGCGGACCACGGCGAGCCGCGGUCUUCGACAGCAAGAAGUUGUAUCGGAUCGACGCGUGCAGUAUCAAGUGCAAAUAUGUCUGUGUCUGGAAAGUUGUGAUGCAGGUCACUGAAUCUUCAUAGCCACACUGUAUCUAUGUAAUGCGCCGCCGAGGCAUGACAAGUUUGUUUAUGCUUCUGUGUUGCGUAUUCCGCAUGAGAGAGACACUGCGUGUAGUUUGCAUGACAGGCAAGAGGAGCUCUUGGUUGCCACGCAAUACAGAUCCCAGAGUCAACAUGCCAGACUAGCAUGACAAAUCUCGCAAGCUCCCAGCCCCAGACAUAAUAUUUGCAAUCCAUAUGCAGUCGUCGACAAGGGCGGAACCGGAAGACGAUCCCAAUAUCAAAAAGAAAAAUUCCCCCCCAUAUCGGAAACGAAAUUUGUGAUGCUGAAUUUGAGUACACAAAUCGACUUGUAUUGCUAGAAGGACAAGAGACGCACUUGCGGCCUGAAUUGCAGGCAAUUUGUCAUGCUGUUUCCCACUGCCAGUUGCCUCGCGUCAUGCUGGAGAUGCAAUACUUUCCCACGCUAGCUAGCACUACAGUCCGCAUCUUUUGCCUUCUAGCAUCGCAAAGCUGAUUUGUGACCACAAAUCUGCAUCACAGAUUUCCGUUUUGAUAUGGGGAGGGGGGAUUUUUGUUCUUGAUACACGAUAGCUGCUUCUUCGAGGAGGGCGAAUACCGGAGCACAUGUACCUUAUCCUAAGUAAAAACGUCCCCACCCCAUUACUAUCUAUUAUAUUCAUGCGAAAAUAUUGGCUAGAGAGGGUAAACGAGAGGUGGCCGGGAGGUCAAAAAGAGGUCAAAAAGAGGUCGACAGAGGUGGAGAGGUGGCGCGGGAGGUAGUUCGGGAGGGUGGCCGAGAGGUGGCGCGAGUAUAGCCCGCCGAAGGGGUCGCCCUUUGGGGCCGCUAAGCGGCACGGAGGUGGCCGAGAGGUAAAAAAGAGGGCGCGCGAGAGGUGGGCAGAGGUGCCGAGAGGUUGCGCGAAUAAGGGCGAACCUCUCGCGCACCCUCUGGGCCACCUCUCGGCCACCUCUGUCGACCUCUACCGGCGAGUAUAGCCGGAUUAUUCGCAACACCUCUCGGAGAAGGUGAAAAAGAGGGUCUGCGAGAGGGGUGCAAAAACUCGAAUCCGCCCGGCACGCGGCCAAUUUUGCUUGGGCCUUUUCAUCGCGCAGGCCCGCACCCUUUCGCGCCACCCUCCCGCGCUACCCUCUCGCGCCACCCUUUCGCGCCACCCUCUCGCGCCACCCUCUCGCGCCAGCGAUUUCCGCCGAGAAGCAAAUAGGGCGGGGGCGGGUGGGUGAUCAAAAAAGGGCAUUGCGGCCCCCGUUCUGUUUCCUUCGGCAUCUAUGUCGGAGCGGCUUCUCUUCGCCCCCAAGCUUCGCUGCAGCUGCUCCCUGCGCAUAGCGCCUGAAGGCGCGGGAAGCGCGCAGGAGGCCCAGCGGGUUGAGAUGGCGCAAACCGGCGCCAGUAUUUCCUUCGAACUAUCACGCCAUGCGCAAAGCUCUGGCGCUGUGGCGCGAUCCGCAAAUAGUCCUGCCCCGCCACAACAGCCGCUCGCCCCGGCGUCAGCCGGGGCAUGGCUGGUAGCUGUCAUGCAGAUUUGCAGUGACAGGAAGAUUUGUUUUUGUAAUGCGCAUUCCCAUGAGAGGCAUUGAUUUCCAAUCGGGUAGUUUUGGACUUCGUAAUGCUCGUAUACAGGAUGAGUAGAUGGAUUUGUCGUGUUGCAGCUUUACUUAUCUAAACUGCACUACAAUAUACAGAGACGAACUUGUCAUGCUGGAUUCCCAAAACUUGUCGAUUUGUGUUGCGAGAUCCCCAUCUUGACUCCCGGGCGGGGACGUUUUUGCUCAGGAUAUACUUACGCUGAUGUUGUGCGAUUCACGGGCGUCGACGUGGAUCUAAACAGUGAGGCACUGGUAUCGAGUGUAAAUAUUUCUGGGUCUGGAAGGUUGGAUCUGUAUUGCAUGUUUCGCAUUCCUAAAAAAUCUGCAUUGCAUGAGCACCAAACAAACUGCCACGCUUUCCUCGUGCAAAAGCGCAGUUCGUAGUGCGUUCUGCGUAUCAUGAGAAAGCGUUUGAAACCUUUGUGAUGCUGCACUGCGCCUAGAGGCACAGUCAAUCAUGACCAUUCAGCAUUACAAGUUUCCAGACAAAUAUUUGCAAUCCAUAAGUGGACGGCGUACUUGGCUGGUACCCGACCCCCGACCUGAUCGAAGCUUGCUGUAUGGCCUGCUCAAACGUUACAAUCUCAACAAACGUUACAGUAGAAUCUGGGUUUUGUGUUGCAUGAUGAGCAUGACCAUAGACGCGCACAGCGUCCCACUUUUUGCAAUACAAAUUUCGCCAGAUUCUAGUGCGGACUGGGGCUCCAGAACUUGUCAUGUGCAAUCCUGUGGGAGUAGAGUAGAUCAUGCACUUCUUGCAUCACAGAUUUUCAUAUUCUAUGGUAACGUUUGAGAUGAUUGUAACAGCUGAGCAGGUUAUAUGCUACAAUGUGCUCUUCGAGAUGCAAAAGGCCGAACAUAAGUGCUGUACUGCGAAGACGGACGCGAACAAGUUAGGCGUUUGGGAGGAUUUUUGGCAGGGUCAGGGCCACGAUCUGGCUAUACGCAUUGCAAAUAUGGUUGGGUCUGGAAGAUUGCAACUUGUGAGGCUAACCUUGGACUCAAAAAAAAUUUGUAUAGCAUGAGGUGCAAGAGGACUCCAGUUGUUGCUAUGCGGAAACGGCAUUUCUCAUGCGGGAUCAAUAGGCAUCAAGAAGCCCGUAAAAAACCUGUGAUGCUAGGGCAUUCAUCACAAACAUUAUAAUGGGUCAUGCAAAAUGUGCAUGACAAACGUUCCACUCUUCCAGACCCAGACAUAUUUGCAGUUGAUAGGCUACCCCGGGGAUCAACGUGGCCCAGCUUCGCGACGCAGUUGAAGCCAAGGUGGAGGAGAUCGGGUCGGGCUUCCCGGACGAUCUAGCAAAAGGUAUAGACUACGUCGUCAGUGAGUUCCUGCGUCCGGCCAAGAGUAUGAAGUUGCUCGACGAAGGCGCUGCAGGGGUUUUAACCGCGGAGCUGGUCAAAGCGUACACAACGCAGGAUGGCACUGCAGACGAGCGGGCCCAGAACCAGGCGUUGCACCUCCUCCUCGUGGCCAAACUAGUCACCCCGAAGCACCCCGAUGCGGAAACCAUCAAGGGGAAAUUUGCCGAGGCAGACAGCGUCUGCGCGGGGUUCAAAGCCACCGGCUUGAGGUUGCUCGAGAUGGGAGAUUCAAAGUACCCAAACGAUUCCAAGUUGGACGAGAACCAAAAAAGCGCCGCGUGGCUGAAGUGCCGAAAGCUCAGGGAAAAGUCGGUGGACCGCGGCCACGCGUGUUUCGACACGGAAUCCCGAAUCCGCGAUCUGUAUGCACUGCAAAUAUGUGAUCUGGGUCUCCUGGAAAGUUCCCAGGUUUGUCAUGCAGACUUAGCAUGACCACCCAUGACGCCUGCAAUGCAUGACGUAGCAUCACAGAUUUUUCGAGGGCUUCCUGAUGCCUACUCUGCAUGAGAAAUGCCCUCUCCAAGGGGUACGCUCUGGGGUUGUCCGUCAUCGUGAUAGGAUCACCGGGCUUGAUCAGUAGACCCCCAGUAUAUUUUUUUAGCGCGCAGCCGGUCACAAAAGUAAGACGGAGACCAAGUUUGUAAGACUAUCCCGCCAAGGCCACACUGGAGCUCCACCGUGCUCGCGGGCUCGGAUGGUAAGUCAGGUUUGCCACACGUAGCGCCCACUGGCCGUAGUUACGCGUAAGCAAUCGAUAGCGGUUUUGUGGAUGCGGUCAGGUGGUAGUUAGGAAGAGGAUCGGGUAUCCACCUAGGGGUGUUGGCAGAGGCUAAAUCUGUUCUAGCGCCCAGGUAUUGGCAGAGGCUAAAUCUGUUCUAACGCCCACCCGCCAGGAGUAAAAUGGUCACUACUACUACGACUACUACCAACAUGUAGCACAAACGGGACCGCUAUCGCUGGUCAUGCAACACAGAUUUUUUUCCAGUCCGAAGACAGAAUGACAAGUUGCAACCUUGUUCCAGAUCCAGACAUAUUUUUGCAAUGCAUAAACUGCGAACCGGAGGCGGUGGCCUGCCCGAGGAAGCGGAGGACUACGCUGAGCUCAUGUUUGCCGUCAACUCCAUGAUGUUCAUUAACGGGAUGACAGUGCCCGAGGACAAGGCCCUUGAUGAAUUUGGCUUGGUGAAUGGUGUGGAUUACGACGUGAUUUUGAAAGACUCCGGCUGGGACAACGAUGCUGCGAACGUUUGGUGCCAGAUAGCACUGGACAAAAUUCGGAAAACGGACGACUGCUGCGCACCUCCGGCGGACGACUCCGUGGAUGUCUCGCUCUAUGAACUGCAAAAGUAUCGUACUACUUAGUAUAAAUUGCAAUACAAAUUUCCUCAGCAUGAGAAAUAAAAUUUGUAAUGCCGAUUUGCCUUGGAAACAAGAUUUGUAAUGCAAGACUUGCAUUAGCAUUUGUACGAUUGCGAUACUUUUGCACAGGAUUCGCUCGUCUGGUACACGGACGAGAAGUAUCAGAUGCAAAUAUGUCUGGGUCUGGAAACUUGUGAUGCUGUUUGGCGAAUCAUGUGGAUGCCUUCAUUGGCAGCCAAGCAUGGCAAGUUUUGGAGUUGCUAUAGUGUUGCCUAUCUGCAUGACAAACUGCGUUUUUCUGUUUGCAUGGCAGAGAAAUGUGGCUUUUGGGUGGCGUGCAUGACAGACUUGAGAGCUGCCUUGCUAGCCGCGCAUGACAAACCUUGCAUUCAUCUUCCAGACCCAGACAUGCAAUUUGCAUUUGAUAAGAAGCCUGGCUGCAGGCAACUGAAAAAAGACGCGGAAAACCUGCUGCGCAUUUACCUGCCGGACGAGGGCGAGAAGGACCCGACCAAACUGCCGCCCGAGGUUGUGCAGAGCAUGGGAAACGACUGCCAACGCUAUUACAGUGAAAAGUGCCCCCCAGAGCUGAAAAUGCAAAAAUUUGUGAUGCGAAGUUUCCCAAUGAAAACUUGCAUGAAAGGAGUAUGAAUCUUUCUGAUGCAGAGUGUAGGCGUGUAUCGCAUCGAUUGCAUGACAAGCGCCGCUCUUGCUGGGGUCUUUUGCAAUACAAAUUUUUGCUAUUCACGAUUGGAAAAAACGCGUGAUGCUGAUAGAUGCAAGAGGGCGAGUUGUGUAUCAUUUGGAAAGGUUUGCAAUACAAAUGCUCCCAACAAGUUCGGGGGUGGGGGCAUUUUUCAUUGUAAUAAACGCUUGUACAACCCCGAUGAGUGGAAGGCUGAAAAAGGAGUUCUGCCGGACAUUUGCACAGCCCCGCUCGACUCGUGGAAACGGAUUGCGGGCCAGCUGUUUCUGAACUUCAAGUGGAAAGGAGUGACGUACGGAGUUGGCGAUCCAGCCAACUCGAAAGUGUUAAACCCAGAAUUCUACAAAGAAGAUUCGCUUGACAAGACCAAGCCCGCGAGCCCUGAGGCAAAGGUGUGGUGUGACACCGUGCUGUGGGCUAUCCAGGCUACCGAAAAUGUCUCCGACCCGUGUUGCCCACACACACCGGGCGAAGACUGGCCGCAAGGAACCGAUGACUCCCUCCCAAACGAUGUUUGCGCGCAGCUCAAGCGUAUCAAAUGUAAAAAUGUCUGGGUCUGGAAGAUUACGAGAUUUGUCAUGCAUAUUUCGGAUCACGCAAAUGGCGUCUGAUGCAGGCAAAAGCAUCACAGGUUUUGAGCACGCCUCAUGAUGCCUGUCCCGCAUGAGAAACUUCCUACCUGCCGACCAAGAAGUGGACAGGUUUUGGCGCUCAUGCAACACAAGGUUUUGCGUGUUCCAGAGUUUGCAUCACAAGUUCCAACUCUUCCAGACCUAGACACUUUUACAGUUGAUAAAGCGGACCGGGAACAAACUGACCGACCGGCCACUGACCGACCGGAAUGGGGACGAACUGCCCUAUCAAAUGUAAAAAUGUCUGGGUCUGGAAGAAUCCGAAAUUUGUUAUGCUGUUUUUGCAUGACACAGAAUGUCUGUCAUGGAAGCCGUAGCAUCACAGAUUUUUAGAGGCCUUCCUGAUGCCUACUCCGCAUGACAGAUGCCCUCCACGCCUAGCACAAACCGGACUCCUCCUGCUGGUCAUGCAAUACAGAAUUUUUUAGAGUCCAAAGUUAGCGUCACAAGUUCCAACCUUCCAGACCCAGACAUUUUUGCAAUCCAUAUGCCCGGCACCAAGCUGAUGAUCGGCAUUGACGACCCCGAAAUUGCGCCAGUAAAGUGGCCGAUCUGCCACCGCCUCUACUCUCAGCCGGAAUUCUACCCCAACGAAGGAUGGGACGUUAUGGCGUUCUCAAGUGUUACAUUCUCAACUGUUACAUGAAUUUGUCAUGCAAAAACAGCAAUAGGGAAAGGGGAAAGCUUGCAAGUCUUGCAUCACAAGUUUGGCACGGAUUUAGAUGCUGUUUAGCACUUCGAUAAUUUGCCAUGCGAAGCAGCUUGAUCGUCUUGCGGCUCAUGGUCAUUUUGCAUGACAAAUCAUGUAACAGUUGAGAAUGUAACGUUUGAGAGCGCCAUAGACGUGUACAAGACGGGGGAUGUGUGCAAAUCGGACAAAGAGAUCGAGAAGAAUCUCGACUGCGUGCCCUGAGUAAAAAUGUCCCCACACGACCAGAGUCAAGAAGAUGCGAAAUCUGCUAUACAAAUCCACCAGCUUUGGUUAUUUCGCAUGACAAGUUUGUGUCCGUAGUGUAAUCCUGUUUAGCUAGAUCAGAAGCAUCACAGAUCCAGAAUAUGAUGCUGAUUCUAGCAUCACAAAUUCCCAAAUACGAACAGAAAACGCUUCUCAUGGGGCUUAGCAUGAGAAACGUUCUUGGCAUGCAGGUUGGCAUGACAACUCUGGGGUCGCAUUUUGUUUAGCAUGACAACUCUGAGGUGGGGACAUUUUUCCUCACAAUACUGCGACCUCCACGAGAGCGAACCAGGCAACCCACUGAACUGCCAUUACUACAAGUCGUACACGAAUGUGCUGGCCUCCUUCAUGACAGCGACCGAAGCGCAUAUGGAAGUGUCAGGAUCGAAAUCGUCAAAGUUGAAAUAGUCUGUAAUUAAACGUACUCGGAACCGAUACCAGCUGGAGCCCUAAAUAAUCUGUAAUGCAAAAAAACGAUACCAGCUGGAGCCCAAUUUACAAGUGGCGCAUGACAAAGGUACAAGGAGGAACCAGGUACCCUACCGAACCAGGUACCCGGGACCAGGUACCCGGGACCAGGUACCCAGGACCAGGUACCCCGGACCAGGGACCCUGGGACCAGGUACCCGGGGACCAGGUACCCUGGGGCCAGGUACCCAGAAAACAACCCCCUCCCCAACCUGCCUCGACGAAGCUGCCCACCAGGCUGUCUUCGCGAAAACCAAAAUCGACACACUCCGUCGCAGUCCGGAACGACGCCGCCGAGUAUGUCUGCGCUGCAGACUUGUCUGGGUCUGGAAGGUUGCCAUGCUUGACCAGCGGUGACGUUGGCACCCGGACCGGUACCCACAUCCGGGCAUCCACAUCUGCGCACCGGGUGCCCCCCGCCGGGCACCCGGGUCCGGAGAUGUGGGCACCCGGUGCCCCGAUGUGGAUAUCCAGAUGUGAAACCGCUUGACUUUUCGCGUCGCUUUCUGCUAGCUAAAGUUGAAGAGGUGGGCUCCCACAUUCGGCGGGCGCGAGGUGCUCACAUCCUGGUACUCACAUCUAGGCACCAGGCGCCCAAAGCCACAGCCGAUAUCCACAUCUGGGCACCGGGUGCCCACAUGCGGGCACCGCUACCCAUAUCCGGCCAUCUACAUCUGCGUACCGGGUGCCCACAUCCGGGAACCCGGGGACGGAGAUGCGGGCAGCCGGUGCCCAGGUGUGGACGUCCAGACGUGAAACCGCUUGAGUUUUCGUGUGACUUUUUUUUUUCAACUCAAAGUUGAAAAGGUGCCCACAUCCGGGUAUCCGCAUCUCCGGUCCGGGUGCCCACAUCCGGAGUACCCGGGUACCUGGUCCCAGGGUACCCGGUCCCAGGGUACCUGGUCCCAGGGUACCUGGUCCCGGGUACCUGGUCCCAGGGUACCUGGUCCCGGGUACCUGGUUCCUACCUCUACCCAUGACAAACUUUGGCAGCGCGGCAAUCCAAUUCGUCAUGCUCUUUGAGCAGAGACGACUGCUUUUGUCAUGCUAUUUUAGCAGCUCUGUCUCUAAGAUCUCACACCCCAAGCAGGCUUAUGAUCGGCCUCAGUUGCCCUUGCCCUUGCCUGCUCUGCAAGACAGGGGCUUUGCGUCUAGCAUUUUAUGCAUGACAAACUAUUUCAACUUUGACGAGUUCGGUCCUGACGCUUCCAUAGCACCACAAGACUUUCUCCAAACGGCCCCGCUGGACGAAUCUGUAUUCAAGAAAAAAAUACCAUCAGAAUCACUAUUGCGGUUUUUUGCAAUACAAAAAUUUUUGUCAUGCGCAGAAAUGCAUCACAGACAAGAUUUAUACGGGAUUUCCCUUAUGUUUUCGCAAUACAAGAAAAAUUUAAAAAUUUCACUACGAGACACAUUUCUGAUGCAAAAACUCCUAAACGUGAUUGUGAUGGUGUUUUUUUCUUGGAUACUCUGGGAAGCCGUUCGAAUAUGCGAAGGUGAUUGUGAUUACGGCCUGCGCAACCUUGCGCGAGGAGCUGCGCAUCAUCGAGACUUACGGCCGGUGCUGCAACCUGCAAGAGCAGUUUUUGCCGAACCAGCGUCCUUCCAGCGAGGCAGAUCCGUGCCGCGACGCCUUAUGAAAUGCAAAAAUGUCUGGGUCUGGAAGAGUGUUAAACUUGUCAUGCAGGUUUUCCAUAACCCAUGAGGUCUGGAAUGCGGGACCUAGCAUGACAGAGUCUGUGAGGUCUCUGCCAUGCCUCUCCUGCAUGAGAAACUCCCUCCCAACUUCGUCGAAAGUGGACAGCUUUAUUUGGCCCUCGUGCAACACAGAUUUUCGCACUAUUCGGAUUUAGCAUGACAAGUUGCAAUCUUCCAGACCCAGACACUUUUGCAAUCCAUACGCCUACAAGCUGAGCAACAAGCUGCACACCCUGGCGAGCAAGCCGGAAAUCAACCUGCCAAAAACGGUAUCCUGUGCAAAAGUAUCGUACUCGUACAAAUGCAAGUCUUGCAUUACAAUUCUUGUUCCCAAGGCAAAUCUGCAUUACAAAUUUUAUUUCUCAUGCGGAGGAAAUUUGUAAUGCAUUUAUACGAGUACGAUACUUUUGCAAUUCAUAAACGGUUCGGGACGAGUGCCUGAAGCUGCAGCUCAGCAACAAAGACAACCACGUAUGGAAUGCAAAUAUUUUUAUCAUGUCUGGGUGGGACGUCGUGGUUCACUAGACAAACCACGCAGAUGCUUGUAGUGCGAAUUUUGUUUUUGCAUGACAAAAUUUUCAUACAAUGAUGACUUCACGAGCACGAUGUGGUCUGGGACGAUGAACAUGCAUGCCCCAGUUGUAUCAACACUGGUUAUUUCUCGCGGACGUCUAUUCGUGCCUAAAAAUAUCGUGCAUGACGAGAAAUGUGGCUCUGCCGUGCUCGCGAUUCGUCAGGAGCUGCCAAAGUGGCUUGCUGGUUCAGCUCUGCUCCAUGGUGCAGCUGGUACACAUCAGAUGUUCAUCUUGAUUUUCGUAUGGUGCAGCUCCCGGGUAAGAAAGAGUAACUAAGUACCUUCACAAAAAUUCUAGCGCAAGCAACUACAACUAACUUCCCAAACGACCCAGAUACAAGAUAUUUGCCCUGCAUACCACUCUGCUGUGUGCACUGCCAUGGAGGCCGGUCUCCCCGGGGCGAACACCGAAUUUGUGAAAGACGGAUGCUGCUAGGAGUGAGCAUGUUCUUUUCAAAAGCAUUUUUACCAUUUACACUAUUACACUAAGAAGUAUUUUCAUCUCGACGCGUUUUUCUUUUUAAACAAAGUGCCGGACGCUCGAGUUUUUGAUUGAAGUUCAUUUGAGUUGAUGUUUUAGCACAUGUCUUUGAGUUGUUCUACUUGUUUUGAAUCGUCACGCAUUUAGUACUUACUUUACCGCACAAUAUCCACACUUGCUUUUUUUACUACUUGCUUUACCGCGUAUGCAAACCUUUAACUUUUCUUGUAGCGUAUUUUUAAUUAUGAUGGUCGUUUUUCCGUUUUGCUUUUCAAGUUUAUUUCUUGUACAAUUUCAUUGGCAAAAUUAUUUACAUAAAUUUCCAUACUCAACGUCAGCAUUACCCCGAUGAGACAGGUUUUUGGGACACGAAACCUCACCGAGUAUUUCGAUGUUGUUCUUGCCUCAAAUUGAGAACAAAAGAAUAAGUCCCAGCUCCUUUGAGCCAAAGAAGCCUGAGAACAAAAGCCUACAAGUAGUUGCAUGCAUAGAAAAAGAAAAGCUUCGGAACAAUUCAACUCUUCAUCUUCCUGCAGGUAAUUUUACGUGUAGCAGUACCUCCCCCCUUGUUCUGCUACCUUUUGAAAUCGAUAUCGAGGCCGAACAAAAGUCUUCUUUUCCCAAGCGAAAGAAGGACCAGCAGCAUCUCGUAUUUCCGAUUUCUGAAAAUAACCUGACGAGAAGAAAAGGAGGAAAAAGUAGAACAGGAACGGUAUAACUUCCCCGGGUAAUUCAGAAAGCAUGCUG